GAUCAGCCUCUCAUUAAUCAUUCGGCUCUAUCGUUUGCCUUUCUCCCUUUAACUUCCCUUCACUUUAAUUCUCCCCUUCCCCCCCCCCCCUAGCCUGGUGACCACUGAGUACCGCGUUUCCUUUGUUUUCCCAUCUCUGACAGACUUACGUUCUUUGAUAAAUCCUCUGUCUUUUAUCUCCGCUUUCCGAGACUUAAAGCGCCGCAUGAUUCUGUGUCUCUAGUUCGAUAGUCAUUAUGGCCACACCACCAGUUCGCCAAUGGGGAGUCACUCCUCCCAUUUCUACAGUUCUUCCUACCCCAGAUGAACUUGCUGCAAAUGACGACCUAGUAUCUGAACUGAAGCUACAAAACAAUUUCGAAAGCCCUACAGAGACCGAGCAAAGGAAGAUCGCGCUUCAGCUCAUACAACGUGUCACGGUCGAGUUCGUCAAAGUCGUCAGCCGAAAGAAGGGACUAUCUCCUGCUGCAGUAGAGGCAGCAGGGGGAAAGAUAUUUACCUAUGGAAGUUAUCGUCUAGGGGUUUACGGACCUGGGUCGGAUAUCGAUACUUUGAUUGUCGGACCGAAGCAUGUUAUCAUCGAUGAUUUCUUUUCAGACUUUCCCCCUGUUCUUGAAAGGAUGGCUCCACAAGGGGCUAUUGAAAAGAUGACACCCGUUCCAGAUGCCUACGUUCCUAUCAUCAAACUCGAAUUGUCCGGUAUUAGCAUCGACUUGAUUUUUGCCCGUCUGAUCGUUCCCUCAGUCCCACUUAACCUUGAUUUGAAGAACAAUGACUACCUUAGAGGUUUAGAUGAAAGGGAAGUCCGAUCGCUCAAUGGAACUCGUGUAACUGACGAGAUUCUGGAGCUCGUACCUCAGCAGAAGACUUUCCGUCUUGCGCUGCGUGCGAUUAAGCUCUGGGCGCAACGCAGGGCUAUAUAUUCAAAUAUCGUGGGUUUCCCCGGUGGUGUUGCUUGGGCUAUGCUAGUCGCCAGAGUAUGUCAAUUAUACCCUCAGGCGACUGGGUCGGUGAUUGUUGGCAAAUUUUUCCGGAUAAUGAACAAGUGGGCUUGGCCUCAGCCGGUACUAUUGAAACCAAUCGAGGAUGGCCCUCUCCAGAUGAAAGUUUGGAAUCCGAAGAUCUAUCAUGGCGACCGAUUUCAUCUGAUGCCUAUCAUUACCCCUGCUUAUCCUUCAAUGUGCGCCACUCAUAACGUCUCCAUGUCAACCAAGACCGUUAUCCUCCGCGAGCUGCAACGAGGUGGUGAUAUCGUAGAUAAGAUCUUCUUGAAGCAGAACACUUGGAAUGACCUGUUCGCGCGACACUCGUUCUUCACAGCCGACUAUAAGUAUUACUUGAGUAUCACUGCAUCAAGCAGAACCAAGGAAGCCGAAGCGGUCUGGUCUGGUCUUGUUGAAUCGAAGAUCAGACAUUUGGUCGGCGCUUUGGACAGAAAAUCGACUAUUGCGGUGUCCCACCCUUUCCCCAAAGGAUUUGAAAGGGUUCAUAUCGUCAAUAGUGAGGAGGAGACAGAAGCUGUGAAGAACGGGUCUACCAAGUACCAAGAUAAGGGACAGAAGACAGAGACUACUGAUGAGAUUAACGACGCUGCUCAUCAGGCCGCGGCUGACAGCCAGAUCGAAAAACGAGAUGUUGCAGAGACUGUGGAGAACAAGGCCAAUGGCGAGAACCGAAUCAUUUACACCACCACGUAUUACAUCGGGCUGGAACUGAAACCAUUGGAGCCAGGUCAAUCUCGGUCUCUGGAUAUCUCGACGGAUGCCCAGAUAUUUAAGUCGACUUGUACCUCUUGGCCCGGAUAUCAGCCAGGAAUCAACGACCUGGCUAUCACCCAUGUGCGCAACUUCGACCUGCCUGAAGACGUCUUCCAGCCUGGAGAAACUCGGCCUCAGCGACCUAAGAAGAAGAUUAUCAAGAAACCCGGAGCGGGCCAGAAACGAAGCAUCGAAUCAUUGGACGAUCCGUCACUUCCGGCUGCGAAACGCCAAAUACCAUCCAACGGGGUCCCAAGCACAGCAACACCUGCGUGAGUGCCUGUCAACUGAAAUUACACCCAAUUCACGACGGGCAGGCUCCCUGAUUGAGUCUCCUCUAAUCCCAGCUGAUUCCGAUUAAAAGCCUCCAGUUGAGCUAGUGGUACGUCAUUUGCGAUGCACUUCUGCCACUGAGGCCAGGAGUUUCAAGGUUGGUUUCUUUUCUCUUUCUGCUGCCUUUCCUUCCAUGACCACACAGGUGUCAUUUCGGUCCAUCUUGCCUCUUGAGCGACUACCUCAUUGCAGGCGUCCGUGGCAAUCUACGCGGUCCGCAUAGAUUCUAAUUUUCUCGGUGUCUCCUCCCUGUUACUGCACAGAUUGUAGGUCUACACUGCGGGU